AAAAUAUUUAAACUUAGAGAAGGACAAAGCCGCGAAACUGUAAGCUUAACUUAUCCUGAACAUGGAAUUAAAUUUCGCGUGAUAAUUUCCAUUACUUCUUAGCUCGGAAAUUUUAGAGUCCCCUCUGUAAUUUCGUUGAGCCCAUCCACCAGAUGCAUGCGUUGUUUUUGUUGUAUAUUAUUUGCCCCUCCAGCAGGCCGAGCGCGCUGUCGGGCGCCCCCUCCACUUUCCACCGGGCUCCCCCACGCUCCGCGCGGGCGGAGUGGAAUGGACUCGCCCGCGAGCUCGUGACUCGCUCUCAGGAAGUAGGUUCCCGCCAAUGUGGCUUAUUUGGCUAGCCGGCGAGCCUCGUAAGGUUUUCGUUCUGAUCCCGCCAGAAUGACGUCACUCUCCGUAGACUAGUGUGCCGAAGCAGAAGGUUAGGGCAAGUGAUGUGUAGUGAAGGAAUCGAGAGAUUUGUUGUUAUGUGUUCGUAUUUCGUAAUUUUGUCGAUGGAAGAAGCUACGUGAGAAAAAAACGGUUUCCUCAUGAAGUACCCGGCGCAAAAUGGUUAGAGAGACUCGUCACUUGUGGGUCGGGAAUUUACCAGAGAAUAUCCGAGAGGAUCGAAUCCGAGAACAUUUCAAGCGCUAUGGCCGCGUGCAGAGCGUCAAGCUCCUGCCCAGGAGCCUCAAGGACGAUGACGGGUCGACGGGGCUGUGCGCCACCGUCGCCUUCAUGGACAUCAAGUCGGCGGCCAAGGCGCACAACAUGGAGCACAAGCUGGACGAGCGGAGCACGGAAUACUACGAGCCGCACCCCGCGCCAUCUCCGGCUCCGCCGCUGCCGCUGCGCGCGCGCCGCGCUGCCCGCGCCGCCGCGCCGGCGGCGCGCGCGCCGCGCCGCUCGCGUACGUCGCUUCCUCGCGCUUCCCCCACGGGUAAGUGA